GAGUUGAUAAUGCGAUGUACCACAAUAUUUUUUACCGCGAAAAAACUCAAGGAUUUUGAGCUGAUCAAUAAUACAAAAAAUCUACAAAAUAAUAAUAAGUCGACCAAGCCGGAAAUAGGCAAUUCAAAUGAUAAAUCAACUGCCGCUAUUACAGCGGCAAAAGCAACUACAACAACAACAACAAAUGAGAUUGCAAACAAAAUACUCAAUGAUACACAAACUAAUCUCAAAUUGAAACAAUUACAAAAUGUUAGUCUUAAUUUAAAUGUAAAUGUCGAUAAUGAACAAAUUCAUAAUAAUAUCAAUAACAAAAACAACAACAACAAUAACAACACAACGUCAUCAAACAAAUCAUUAGUCAUAAUAAGUAAUGAAAAUUGUAACAACUUACUAAAAACAACAGAAUAUGUGCCAGUGCAACAACAAAAAGAGAGAGAGCACGCAGAAGAGAGUUCAACUGAAAUAAUAACCACAACAACAACAACAACACAAACACCUGCAGAAACAACAGCGGUUAGCACGACUGCAAUAAACAAUAUGUGCACAACAACAACGGUCACAACAACAACCACACAAACAGCUGAAGCGGAUAAUCGACAUCACAACGAUAUGCACGACGAGAGAAUGAAGGACAAUCACUCCGAUUCGGAUUCGGCACUCUCAUCAGCGCCACCAUCCAUAAGUCCACAGCCGCCGCCAGCUGGGCUGGACACAGCUGAUAUUUGGCAAAUGAUUCGCACCUACAGCACUGAUUUGCAAAAACUGCAAAAGGAUAAUGAAAUCUUGCAGAAGGAAAACGAACAUUUACAUGCGGAGCUGAAUUUGGCCAAGGAGCAUAUACUCGAUGCCGAAAAAACCAGCAUGGAUAUCAACAAUAAUGCCAAAUUACAACAACUCAUGGCACGUGUGAAACAACUCGAGGAGCAGGAACAUCAAUUGAGCACGGAGGCGGAUGAGUUGCGCGAACAAAAUGAACUGUUGGAAUUCCGGAUACUCGAAUUAGAGGAAACGAAUGAUAAGUGGUCUGUGCAGAGCCAUACAACAGCUUCGACCACAUCACAAACUGCCACACCCCCGACCGUAAAGAACGUUUGGGCGAAUCAGGAAGAUCCCAUGCAGCUGAUUUUUGGACAAUGUGGAAAUGGUGACGCAAGCGGUGAUUCCCUCAUCACAUCGCCAAAUAAUCAGCAGCAUGCGGAAAAUGAAAUCAAUCUGAUUGAUCCUGCCAAUGAAGAGUUACGUCGCCGGAUUUCACAAAUGUUGCAAAAGUCUAUUCUCGAUAGCGAGGACAGGGACUGUCUGCAGCAGCUCAUUCGAUUGGUGCAACAUUUGGAUUUGAUGGCGCAACGCAGCGAAACCAAUUCGCUGAAUACCAACUCGUGUUCGAGUGAUGAGGCCAGCAGCUUGGAUUUGGUAAGCGAAGAUUAUUGCACUGAUCUCUCUGCAUAUUUAGUACAUCCACUUGAGCGCCAACAUUUUGCUUGACACGGCUACUCUGUUCGACAUUUGCGUGUUUACAUCUGACUUUUUUCCACAUACGCGAUUG